AUGGCAGAGAACAGGGAGGCUUGGAAAUUGGCGGUUGAAUCAGGUGCAAUUCCGUGCAGUGACGAAGAAGACAUUAUGGUGAUUCUCCAAGAACAAAAUGAAGAAUUAGCAAGAAAACGGAGACAGUCAAAGCAAAAGGAAAAGAUCAGAAGAAGUCGGCCAAAAAUUCGUAAGCAGAAUAGAUAUGUUGGGGCUGAUAGAAACAAAAAAAAAGAUAUGGUGAAUAAAUUUGAUGUAACAAGUAUUUGGGGCAAUAAUAGUGCUAGUUGGGAGUGCGUUAAUUCAUUUGGAGCAUCAGGAGGAUUACUUUUAAUAUGGGAUGUCUCUGUUUUUGAAAUGUUAAAUUGCUAUAAAAAAGAUAGGUGGUUAUGUGUGGAGGGUGUGAUGACCAAGGAUAACUUUCACUAUGCUGUUUGUCUGGUAUAUGGACCGCAUGUGAGAGAGGAGAAACUCUUACUGUGGAAGGAGUUAAGUUAUGUUACAGGGUUAUGCCAAAUUCCCUUUUGUUACAUUGGAGAUUUUAAUGAAAUUGUGCAUAUGGAUGAGAAGAAUAGGGCAACGGGUCUAUCAGCAACCGUUGAAGACUUCAGAGCAUGGAUAAAUGAUAUGGAGUUGGUGGACUUGACGCUUAAUGAUCGCAAGUAUACAUGGUUUAGAGGACAGUCUUGUAGUCGUAUUGAUAGAUGCCUGGUGAGUUUGGAAUGGCUGGACGCAUACCUAGAUACUCGGCUUAGAGGAAGACCGAGAGGAUUAUCAGAUCAUUGCCCAUUGAUAGUAGAAGACAGAAGAAUAGUUCAGGAUAAAAGACCUUUUCGCAGUCUAGAUUCGUGGUUCACACAUGAAGGCUUCCUAAGGAUGCUGAAGGAAGAAUGGAGAGGGUUGGGAGAUGCUCAGUUCCUGGAUAAGCUGAAGGCGUUAUCAAAAUCGUUGGGUAGAUGGCACAAGUAG